CACCAGAAUCUGAGCUAGUUUAGCUAUCUGUGGGCGGUUUGUCUUGACACUGCAUGCUGUUAACGUGUCGGGAGGUGUCCUUUUUUCUUUCCAUUGAGGUGGCUAACCUAUUAGCCGCUUAGCGCUAACGUUAGCCGCCGAUGAGCUUCAUUAAACGUGGCAUAAAUAUAAUCACAAUACGUCCAAAGCAUGCCCAAAAAAUAAAGCCGCCCCUCCUACGUGCAUGCAAUUAGCGUUUGUUUUUUGAUUAGCUAGCCGCAGGAAUUCCGUUAUUAGCUGCUGUCGGUAACUAGCUAGCGUUAGCCGGUUAGCGCGAUAGCUAACUGCCAGUUAGUCCAUUUUGAGAACAAUGAAGACCAGUCAAGGUCCAACUCUUCCCAAGCAAGGGAGAUCCAAUGACUGGAAUAGAGUGAAACCGCCUUCUCCCUGCAAAAAUGUCUAAGAGACCAUCCUAUGCCCCACCACCUCCCCCUGCCCCCACGACUCAAAUGCCCAACACCCCUGGGUUUGUCGGGUACAACCCAUACAGUCAUCUGGCCUACAACAACUACAGGCUGGGAGGGAGCCAAAGCAGCAACAGUCGGGUAACGAAUUCCUCUGGAAUAAACAUCCCGAAGCCCCCGAAACCACCCGAUAAACCGCUGAUGCCCUACAUGAGAUACAGUCGAAAGGUUUGGGAUCAAGUAAAAGCCUCCAAUCCUGAUCUGAAGCUAUGGGAAAUUGGGAAGAUAAUCGGUGGCAUGUGGAGGGACCUCACUGAUGAGGAGAAACAGGAUUAUUUGAAUGACUACGAAGCAGAGAAGAUUGAAUAUAACGAGAGCAUGAAGGCCUAUCACAACUCGCCGGCUUACCUGGCCUACGUCAACGCCAAGAGCCGGGCCGAGGCGGCCCUGGAGGAGGAGAGCCGCCAGAGGCAGUCCAGACUGGACAAGGGCGAGCCUUACAUGAGCAUCCAGCCAGCGGAGGAUCCAGACGACUACGACGACGGCUUCUCCAUCAAGCACACGGCCGCUGCCCGGUUCCAGCGCAACCACCGCCUGAUCAGCGAGAUCCUGAGCGAGAGCGUGGUGCCGGACGUGCGCUCCGUCGUCACCACCGCUCGCAUGCAGGUCCUCAAACGGCAGGUCCAGUCGCUGAUGGUGCAUCAGAGAAAACUGGAGGCAGAGUUGCUGCAGAUCGAAGACCGCCACCAGGACAAGAAGAGGAAAUUCAUUGAGGCCACAGAGUCGUUCAACAACGAGCUCAAAAGGCUGUGCUGCAUGAAGGUGGAAGUGGACAUGGAGAAGAUCUCCGCCGAGAUCGCCGCCGCAGAGGAGGCAGCGCGCAAACGCAUGGCGGAGCGCGAGAAGGACGCGGGAGACCGGGGAGCGAGGGAGGCGCCCACCUGCGUCUUGGCAGAGGAGGAGAAGCAUGUGUGCGCGACGCACGGCAAAAAGUCCCAGCCGACGUCUCAGAGCGAAAGCAGCAACAAGGAAGGCGAGGACGCAGAGUCGAACGCCGCAGAUACGCCAGUAAAGCAGAAAGCCUCAGAGGAGCUGGAGGCCCAUCCAGGCAGUGAGGAGGGAGCGUCGGAGGACAAGGAGAGCGUCCCAGAGGGAGCCAUGGAGGAGGGAACCAGCGACAGUAACACGGGCUCAGAGACCACCUCCGCUCAGACAGAAGACGCCACGCCCAGCGAGCCGUCGGAGGGACCCAGCAAGGCCAGGGGGGCCCACUGAGACCCGCUGCGAACACGGGCCGCCGUCGGCGUCUGCUUGACCCUUUGAUGGCAGAUAUUGCACAAUCUCAUCUCUGUUUGUCAAAGUGUUGAAGGAGCGUUCAGACGGGCCGAUUGUUUAACACUCCUGACACCUGAAGCUCGCAGACACACGGUGAAUAUAAUAAUAAUAAAAAAAUAAAUAAAAAAUCUGCACUCAAAAGUCGACAAAGCAAUGACCUAGCCUAAAAUCAAAGGCUGCUACAAUGUGCCACAAAAGCCCACGUGAACGCACUACGGCUUCGGCUUCUUCGGAAGAAGCGCACACGAGCCCUUCAUCAGCACAUAUUGAAACAUAUCUCUAGCACUAUGUCUGGCAGACAAACAAAAUUGCUCAGUGUUAUAUUUAACUUUGUUCCUUGUGUUGUAGUCACAUUGUUGCUUUUAUGGUUUUGCAUGUUGUUUGAUGGUGGAGCUAAGUGACCAUCUCCCGGGCAGGGGAAAAAUUUGUUUACUCUCUGUAUCAGUAUUACAGUGACGGUAUUGUCUCAGGAGUUUGUAGUCAUGAAGUAGUAGUUACCCUUUUAUUUAUGAAUCAGCAUUUUUAUUAAAAUCGGUGUGUAUCGGGCGCUCUGGGUCGAAGCUCGUCUUUAAGUAUGCGUCGUGUGAUCAUCAAUGCUGUACAAUGCUAAACUACCAGUGUUCUCAAGUUUGCUGGCUGCCAAUCAAAUCAAAAGCAGUAUGCUUAGAACAUGUUUGUUAUUGAUCUAUUUUAUUUUAUUUUUUUUCCCUCCAGAAAACUUUUACCUGUCCGGUUAACGUUGUACACGGUGUAACGAGGUUUGCUUAAGUGUGAAUUUUCAUGUUGUUGUAAAACAGCUAGAAGAACACUCAUUAACAUGUAGUCUUAAUAUGAAUUUUGUUUUUGCAUAUUUAUACAAAUAAACUUUUCUACCCUGAAA